AGUUGUUUAUACCGUCGAAUUUCAGAAGCGUGGUCUGCCACAUGCGCAUUUAUGUGUGUUUAUGAAAGCUGAUCAUAAGGUUCCUACUGUUGAACAUAUCGACCCUUUUAUCACAGCUGAGAUUCCUGAUAAGAAUGAAGAUCCUGAAUUAUAUUCUCUGGUGUGUGAGUUCAUGAUUCAUGGUUCAUGUGGACAGGCUAACUUGAAAUGUCCAUGCAUGGUAGGCAACCGUUGUUCUAAGAAUUUUCCAAAGAAGUUUUUGGAGGCUACUUCUGUUGAUUCAGAUGGAUUUCCCCUUUAUAGGCGAAGAGAUGACGGUCACACAGUUCUGAAGAAGGGUGUCACAUUGGACAACAGGAGCGUCGUUCCAUACAAAAAAAGGCUUCUUAGAAGAUAUCAGGCGCACAUUAAUGUGGAGUGGUGCAAUCAGGCAGGUUCAAUUAAGUAUUUGUUUAAAUACAUUAAUAAAGGACCAGACAGAGCCACUGUUGCUGCUAUAGAUUCAGACAGAGGAAUUGAGGAGGAGAUACCCAAAGAUGAAAUAAAAGAAUAUUACGAGGCAAGAUAUGUUUCCGCAUGUGAAGCCAGCUGGAGAAUAUUUGGAUGUGACGUUUACUAUAGGUAUCCGUCUGUUAUGAGGUUACCAUUUCAUCUUCCAGACCAGCAAAAUGUAGUAUUCAGUGGUGAAGAUGAUAUUGAAGAUGUCCUAAACAAACCUCAGGUUAAUUCUUCUAUUUUUCUAAAGUGGAUGAACAUGAACAAUUCCAAACUUGAAGCAAGGAAACUUACUUAUGUUGAGUUUCCAUCAAAGUAUGUUUGGAAGUUACAGGAUCGUUGCUGGCAGCCACGUAAAAAUUAUGUUGUGGUUGGGAGAAUCUAUUUUGACUCUCCUUCCCUUGGUGAGGCUUAUUACCUUAGAAUUCUUCUAACCAAGGUCAAGGGUCCACGAUCGUUUGAAGAAAUUAGAACCUAUGAGGGUGUUGUUUAUCCUACUUUUAGGGAUGCAUGUUAUGCACGUGGCCUUUUAGACGAUGACAACGAAUACAUUAAGUGUAUUAAAGAAGCCGGUUUUACAGGAAAUGGUCAUUAUCUCCAUUCAUUGUUCGGUACACUUCUUCUGUCUAAUACGCUUUUAAGACCAGAAGUUGUUUGGGAGAAGACGUGGGAGUUUUUGUCUGAGGACAUUAUAUACAAUAUGCGGAAGGAUUCUGGGUUUAGUGGUUUUGUUGUUUCAGAUGAGCGUUUAAAGAAUAUAAUGUUGUCUAAAAUCGAAAACUAUCUUAUCCGUAAUGGAUCCAGCUUGCAUAGAUUCUCACCAAUGCCUGUUCCAGAAGAAGAUUCCACAGUAUACGAGAGCAACCGUCUGAUAAAUGAGGAGCUUUCUUGGGACAAGGAUGAAGUUAGGGCUGAUUUCAAUAAGCUUCAUAAUUCUUUAAAUGAUGAUCAAAGAGCAGUGUAUAACGAGAUUAUGGCUGCUGUUGGACGUGGGAAAGGUGGUGUUUUUUUUGUGUAUGGUUACGGUGGUACAGGUAAGACAUUUCUGUGGAAAACCUUAGCUGCUUCCAUAAGAUGCAAUGGACAUAUUGUUAUUAAUGUUGCUUCAAGCGGGAUUGCAUCAUUGCUGUUGUCACGAGGCCGUACCGCCCAUUCAAGAUUUCAUAUUCCGAUUAAUCUUAAUGAAGAUUCCGUUUGCCAUAUCAAGCCUAAUUUUGAAAUCGCUAAUCUUCUAAACGAAGCCAAGUUGAUUAUUUGGGAUGAAGCACCGAUGGUACACAAACAUGCUUUUGAGGCUCUUGACCGUACAUUGAAAGAUGUUUUGAGUGUCUCUGAUUCACAUAAUUCUGAAAUUCCAUUUGGUGGAAAGGCUAUUGUUUUCGGUGGUGACUUUAGGCAAAUCCUACCGGUUGUACAAAAUGGAAGCAGGCAAGACAUCAUACACGCCUCUUUAUGUUCAUCUUACAUUUGGCCCACUUGCAAGGUUUUAAAAUUGACCAGGAACUUGCGUUUAUCUGUUGGAACCAGUAGUUCAAACAUUGAUAAGAUAAACGAUUUUGCGAAAUGGCUUCUUGAAAUUGGUGAAGGCAAUCUUUGUGAUGGUAAUGAUGGCGAGUCAACUAUAGAAAUACCAAACGAUCUUUUAAUAACUGAUUCAACUGAUCCAAUUUAAAGCUUGAUUGACUUUGUAUAUCUGUCAGUUCUUGACCGUUUUAAAGAUAGUGACUACAUGGUAUCAAUGAUCGUUUACUUGCAUUAUUUCCUGGUGAAGAAGUAGAGUAUCCUAGCUCAGAUAGUAUAUGCCCAACUGAGGAAAUUACUGAUCCAUUACAACAAGAUUUGUAUAAUCCUGAUGUGUUAAAUAGUGUCAUUGUUUCUGGAUUACCAAAUCAUAGAUUGGUGUUAAAGUUGGGUGUUCCAGUCAUGCUUUUGAGGAACAUUGAUCAGCAAAAUGGUUUAUGCAAUGGUACGCGUCUUCAGAUUACACGUCUUGGUAAAUGUGUUAUCGAGGCUGAGAUACUAUCAGGAGGUAAUGUUGGUUCAAGAACUUACAUUCCCAGAAUUAGCAUGAUACCGUCGGACAAGAAAAUACCCUUCAAGUUUCAACGAAGGCAGUUUCCAAUAACCGUAUGUUUUGCCAUUACUAUUAACAAAAGUCAAGGACAAUCUUUAUCCAGAGUUGGUCUAUACCUAAGAGACCCCGUUUUCUCACAUGGUCAACUUUAUAUUGCGUUGUCGAGAGUAAAGACCAGAGAUGGCGUGAUACUUUUAAUAUUUGACAAAGAUGGAAG